CGUGUGCUCCUCGAACCGCGACUUCUUCACCCGAGGGACCUCGAAUCCUGCUCUUAUAUACCCGGACGAGUCAGGAACUUCAGACACUCUUGCGAAAACGAGCGGACGGACGGAUCGCUUCCAACAGGUGGACUGCGCCCUGCAACAGAAUGAGGGAACUACUAGUAACGAUCACCCUCCUGUUUGUGGUGUCGUCUGAAGAAUUCGAGAUCAAAAAGCGGGCAGAGAUUCCUCCAGAAGUUGACCCGAAUUUCUGGCCAGUUCGAGGCAAACGAUCACACUGGAACAUCGGAGUGCCACAUUACUUCAGCAGUUUAUCGCAACAGCGUCCAGAAGUCGAUUUCCUGGGAUACUCGAAGGCCAUGAAAACCGUGCGUCCCUGGCCCGGUUCAGGCACGUUCCUACUGGACCAAGGGGAGCUGGCCUUCUCCGACAACUGGAGGUCUGGACUUUGCCCGAGAAAGAAGUCGAUCUCGUUGAUCGUGCCGCUGCGCGAUUGGCAGCCGGAUGGAUGCGACGGAGUUUCCGGAUGCGGCGAAGGAUGCGGACGAUUUUCCGUAUCGCGAAGCCGCGAUCGAAGGAAUGACGAGCAGGCGCGAAUCGACGAGCCUCUUUACGCGGAGGAGCCGCGAUGGAUCGAAAUAGACUACAAGCAUCACGAGCUCGAGAGAUCCGCCGGCAAUGAGGAGCCCUUCUUCGUCGCCAGGGGGAAAAAGGGCGAUGAUCGCAGGGAUUCUGACUGCAGGAAGCGACGACAACUUGAGGAAGUCUUUGGCUCGUACGAUGACGAGCCAUUUUUCGUCGCCAGGGGAAAGAGAGAAGUCGUUGAAGAGGAAAAAGAUGCGGCGGGACUGCGAGUAAAACCAAUUUCAAAAAUGACCGGGGAGAACAAAUUCAACUAUCAACUGAACCGGGCCUAUGCAAAAAAUGGCCCGAGCGCCAGAAAGAGGCCGGGGAACUCUCAGGAAGAUGAAAAGAAGGCUGGGAAUUUUGGGGGAAAAUCACCACCGAAGAACUCCGGGUCGAGAGCGAACGGAAAGCAGAAGGAGGCGGUUUCUUCGGUGCAAAGUGGACUUCUCGACGACCAGGAGGGUAUUCAUCGACUAUCGAAACGUUCUUCCGACCCUAACGAGGCCCCGGUAUUCCACGGAGAUGACGAAAAAUGGCGCAACAACGUCCAGUCUCGUUAUUCUCGGCCUCGUGACAAGCACUCCAAUUUGCAGAGCAUACUCGAGGAGCCGUUCUUCAUUUCUAGGGGCAAAAAGGAUGGAGGAGAUGAAUAUUUAUACGACGCGGGGGAAGAGUUACCGGUUAGAACAACGCCCAGCGCGGAGGAACGAGCAGCGAUCGACGCCAUAUUGAAAAUUUAUCGCGGUCUAAAGACCAGCUCGCUUUUUUAUACCGGUGGGGGUUUCGAGCUAUCCGGAAUGCUUGGCGAACGCGGCUUCGAGCCUGCGAAAACAAAAAAAUCGGAACAGGACAAACCGCCGAGAAAUCGGAGAGGGAUGCUCGAUGAUCUUCUGAAGAGCGACGAUCCCUUUUACGUCACCAGAGGCAAACGGCUCUUCGGAAGACUCGAGCCGUCGGAUUUUUCACCGCCGAGACAAUCGUUGGAAACUAUUCGCAGAGAACCGUAUAAUAAUCGCGAGAAUUCUGGAAGUUCGGGAAAAUUUUCACUUUUUGCCAAAACCACACGCACGAAACUGCUCAGUAAAUUGUCAGACUUUGCGAGACCCAAUUUUCGAAACUUCACAAGCGUCACACUCAGCGACCGCAAUUAAUCGGUAAUAAUAUACGAACAGAGUACAUAUAACUAAUGGAUUGAUAAGUAAAUUUGAACAAUUGUUAGCAGCGAACAAUUAGCAAAUAAAAUACAUAUUCGCAUCUUCAAAGACCGUGGUUAUUUUUCACGGUUGGUUGCCCCGUUAGAAUAUUGAUGAUGACUUUUUUUCUGUAUUCGAUUCCAACAAUUGAUAAACGGUACAUAAACAAAUUGUAGCUAUUGGCGUACAGGUAUAAAAUUACCGAUACACGUUCUGCUUCGUAAAAUUAAAAAUUUUAAUUAGACUGCAUGUCUAUAAGUACGUAAAGAUAUUAUACGUUAAUUUACCUGGCUGGCAAAUGAAUAAAUAAAUAAAUUUCGUAGAAUUCGGCACCAGUGCUUCCCUUCAAUAAUUUUCUUACAUUCGUACAUUCGUUUCAUGUGUUGCUAAUAAUUCCUUUUAAGGGAUCGAGUUUUUUUCAAACAUCAUUACAUUUUUACAGUAAACGAUGAAGGAAGAACUAUAUAUUGUACACAUAAAUCAGAGCUUUCGAAUUUCGAAGAGAUUUACCUGAUAGGUAAUUUCCGAAGAUAUUUUAAUUUUUUAUCCAUUCACUCUUUCAUACUUUCUAUUACCAAAUAAUCAUUAUCAAAAUUGCUUUAAUCUUUUUGGCAAGAGGUACUUCGUUGGAAAAUUUCACAAUUUAUUGUUCGAAGGAUGAGAAAUUAGACGCGGAAAGCUGAACUGAAUAAUAAUAAUAGUAAUGAACACAGGCCUCUGACAUCCUGAAUCGUAAUUCCGCUAUUCAAUUAUAACAUCUUUAUGAGACAAACAACUUUCUAUGGCCGAUGCAAGCGGACAAGGAAGCUUGUGAUCGCGUGGCGAGGAAAGAUUGAAAAAUUAUUUACCGGAAGUAACGCGCCAUUUUAUUCGCUCUAGCGUGACGGCUAACAUGAGCAAAGCACUCUACUCAUCGGUGAAAGUAGGUGAUUUUUGUACUUUCGGCAAUGAAGUCAGACGGCGCCCAAAUUUUACAAGUGAACGCGCAAGCUGUUCGCAUAAUUUUGCAUCACUCUGAGCAAAUUUUAUGACAUAUUGUAUGCAAAAAAUCAUAAUACAAUAGCGUCGGAUAGAAACAUUUAGACCUCGUAUAUCUGAAAACAAACGUGUAUUCAUAUUUCAUAAGCCAUUUGUCAUUUGUUGCUAUUUUAACGAAUUUUUUUACAAAAUGAAACAGUUUUAAACAUACAUCUCUUUAAACGACACGAACGUGUAUUUACAAUAUAUAGAUAAUUGCGAAUAUUUCUAUUAUUUAUUCCUCUUUGGGAUUCUUAAUUGAUCAAUGAUUACUUCUUAUUUCUUACAACGAUUAAACCGCGAGAUUCGAUUCAUUCUAUCGUUUGUCCGUUGCUUUGAAUUGCUUCAGCAAUCCAUUUUAUUCACGCUUGGGAAUCCAGGUAUCUAAGAUUACCGCAAUCGGUCAAACUAAUUACAAUAUUAAUACCAGCCGGAACAUGAAUGUUCGAAAGCGAAACAAAUAUUAGAUUAUUCAUAUCAUUUUUGCUUCUAGCACAUAAUCGCCUACGUGCGAGAUUGAGAUGAAAUAAAUUUCCUUCAAUGACAUUGAAGAAAAUAUGAAAAUUAAUAUAUUCUUUUCCACGGUAAGGAGGUAUGGAAAAUGGUGGUUCAAAAAAUUUCUCAAGACCCAGGCAAUUUUUUAUAUAAGCUUUCUAAAGAAACAUGUAUAUUGUAUACAUGCGCAUACGUAUAUGUUAUAAAUAUGUGUAAUAUAUACCGCAGCUCAACCCAUGAAAAACAAUUUUCACCCCUGAAUCAUGCUUCAAAA